CAGCAAGGAUCCCUUCUACCUCCCCACAGGGUCAAAAGAUACGAGACGUUGGCGGGAAAGUACUGGGACACGUUUUACAAGAACAAUCGCGACCGUUUUUUCAAAGAUCGACACUAUUUGUGGAGAGACUUCCCGGAUCUGGUCCCCCCCGUCCUUUACAAUGAGGAAGCGUGUGAAAAAAGAACAGCAGACAGACCAAAUUACGGGGGAAAUCUAGAAAUGAAGAACAUGGACGUAGCAAGUCCACUACCCCUCUCGAUCAGCCACCAGCCAUCACCUUCAUCACAGGGUCGCCUACCUGCCUCGUCUUCCUUGCCCGCAAGCGUCCCAUCCCUCCCCGACCGCAGGCAGAGUUUAGGUUCGGAGGUGGCACACUACGCUUCAGCUGAGGCAUUCGGGGGAGAAUCAGGACUUGACAAGCCUGCAGCCCAUCAGCGCGUCCUCAUCGAGCUUGGCUGCGGCGUCGGGAACGCUGUCUUCCCACUCCUCGCGCGUGACCCCAACCUUUUCAUCUACGCCUUCGACUUUUCUCCUCGGGCUGUCGCCAUCCUCAAAAACCACCCUGUUUAUAAGAACAGUCGUCGAUGCUUCGCAUGGGUGCAAGACGUUGUGGACACGCCCUCCCUCCCUCCCUUUCUUACGCGAAACGGGGGGCAGGCCGAUCUGUGCCUUUGCAUGUAUGCACUUUCAGCCAUGGCUCCCGACAAAAUCCACCUUGUGGCCCAUAAAAUUUGGGCUGCCUUGAAGCCUGGUGGACGCGUUCUUAUUCGUGACUACGGCCGGUGGGACGAAGCACAGCUACGCUUCAAACGAGGACAUCGCCUGGGCGAGAAUUUUUAUCUACGUUCAGACGGGACGCGGGCGUAUUAUUUCAGCGUUGAAGACCUGAGAAAAAUGUUCUGUGGGAAGGAGGGAGGCUUCAGGGAAAUUGAAGCAGGCUAUGUGAGACGACAAUAUAUAAACCGUGCGGAUGCUGCAACACGGAGGCGCGUUUGGGUUCACGCCCGUUUUGAAAAAGUUUGUGAAUAGAGUGAGAUCACUGAUAGAAUAUCAACCGACUGUGUUUUACCCCCAAAGGAAGCGAAAAGCUUUUCACCAAGUUCGUAUCAGCGAUUGGUAUGAAAUUAAAACCCUUCCACCU